AUGAAUAUCGAGCAGCUCAUCUUGGUGCUAGUGUGGGCUACCCAAAAGUUGAGGACUUAUUUUUUGACUCAGUAUAUUCGUGGUCCGUGCAAAGCACCGUUGGAGGCUGUUCUCAAGAGCGUUGGGAAAGUAGGAAGGAUAGACAAGUGGAACACUCACCUGGACCAGUUCAACAUUAUCCAUGAAAUCCAACACUCCCAAAAAUCACAAGUCUUGGCAGAUUUCCUUGCAUAUCUACCCCUGGACAACGACGAGGAAGUAAUGGGUAUAACAGAAGCAAACGAAGGCAAAGACCCAAUCGACAUCCUCGAGCCCUUAAACCAAAGGCGAUGUGAGGUCUUCGUGGAUGGAUCAAGGAAUAAAGGAGGAGUGGGCAUCGGCAUCGUAAUCACUACCCCCACCAGAGAAAGGAUUGUGCAUGCGCUAAGGUUGGAAUUCAAGGGGCAUACCAACAACAUCGUAAAAUACGAAGUUGUAGUACAUGCUCUGCGUUUAAUAAUAGAAAUGGAAAUAACGGAUGUACGACUAACAAGUGAUUCACAACUAGUCAUACGACGGAUAGGGUUGGAGUACAAUGUCUACGAUGACACCCUCUCCGCAUACAUGGCUUUGGUUCAAACCUUAGACUCACAGAUACCAAGCAUCAAAAUUCCGAUCCUAUGCAGAAAAGAUCUCAGGCACGCCGACGCCUUGGCAUACAUAUCAUCCAUGCUGAAAGAUGAGAGUGUUAAAGCCAUAAAAAUAACAAGGUUGUAUGAACCUUCGAUCACCUCACAUCAGUCCUUUGCUACAAAUCGUGAAGACGGUGUAAGGGAGGACAUUGGUGACGACAAUGUGGGAGAAUACAUUGUUGAGGACUUCAUCGAAGACGACAUCAUGACAAGGGAAAACGAAGACGAGGACUUCAGCAAUGAAGAAGACUGGAGAACCGAGAUUCACCGUUUUCUUGAAGAAGGCAUGUUACCAACAGAAUUGAAGCAAGCCAGGAAGAUACAAUCAAAGGAAGGGAGAUACGAUCUUCGUGAUGAACUAUUGUACAAGAAUUCCUUUCUCGGACCACUGCUACGAUGUCUAUCCAGAGAGGAGGGGUAUCGAAUUUCGAAAUACAUCCAUUACGGGGACGCAGGUAACCACAUCGGAAUGAGAUCACUGGCGGAUAAAGCAAAAAUACAGGGAUACUAUUGGCCCCAGAUGAUCCGAGAUGCUGCCAGGAUGUCCAGGAGAUGCGAAGAAUUCCAGCGGUUUGGCAUUCCCGCAGAAAUUGUCUCGGACAAUGGCAAGCAAUUACAUGGGAAAAAUAUAGAUAUGCUCUUAGAUACUUUCAAAAUCAGGAAGAACAAAUCAACCCCCAUCUACCCCCAGAGUAACGGCCAAGCCGAGGCUACAAAUAAGACCCUUGGUCUCAUUCUCAAAAAUCAGUUGGACGAACAUAAAGGACGAUGGUGCGAACAAUUACACAACGUUCUAUGGGCAUACCGAACAACACGAAGAGCUGCCACGGGUGAAUCACCAUUCCUCCUUACGUACGGAGCCGAAGCAGUCAUCCCGACAGAAAUCCUCAUGUCAACUACAAAGACCGAAGCCUGGGAGAAGAACCUCACAACAGAUAUGAUGCUGGAAAGGCUCGAUGAUCUAUAA